AUGACUGAACUUGAAAAUGUGGACAACUGUAGAUUUCAGUCUGAGGUUUGUAAGAGACAGGUCUCCUGUGUGUGCCCUCCCUUUCUCAACAUCUCUGCUUAUGGAAAGCUCAAGGAGUCUGAACUAAUCAUCAUUGUCUUUAUAUUGUGUAUAGUCUCAGAAUUGACAAUUUUCCAGUUUCCAUUCUACAUCAUUGCGUGUGGCUGGGUCCAGGGAGCAAGUUUUCGAGGUUGGAAAGAAGUGACUUCUCUAUUUAAUAAGGAUGAUGAACAACAUCUUCUUGAAAAAUGUAAAUCUCCCAGGUCUAAAGGGACUAAUUUACGAUUAAAAGAAGAAUUGAAGGCAGAGAAGAAAUCUGGAUUUUGGGACAAUUUGGUUUUAAAACAAAAUACACAGCCGAAAAAACCAGAUCAGAUUGAAGGUUGGGAACCUCCAAAAAUUGCUGUUGAAGAUGUAGCAGCUGAUUCAGGCGACACCGUGAGCGACCAUUUGUCAUGGCCAGGCUGGGAAGAUGCCACUAAAGGCUCCACUAAGUAUACUACCCUGGCCAGCUCCGGAAACACCUCCAGAUGGAGCAUCAAGUCAGCUGGGAAGCUCGUCAGUAUUAGACGACAAAGCAAAGGCAAUCUUACGGAUAAUUGGGAAGAAUUAGAAUGAUAGUGGAAAUGAAAGGCUAUAUGAAAGAAUCAGUCCACUAUUCCCAUAUAUUUUCAAACCAAAAUUUGCCUAAUAUUGCACCUUUGUAUUUCAUUUUAUCAAGAUUCGUAGUUUGCUGUUUGUUUUAAUUAGUAUGUGGCUAAGCCUUCUGUUUCUCACAUUAAAAUUUUGAAUUUUUAUUUUCAUAUGUUGAAUUUUGAACUAUCCAGGCAUACUGUGAUUUCUAGUGAAUAUAUACAGGCGUUGUACUUUUGAUUGCCUUAUUGUAAACAUUUCCAAUUCUUACAAUUCAUGUGUUGCUGGAACUGGAGAUGUGAAUUUUUGAUGUACUAUAAUAGUAAUGAUAUUUGCAUUUGCCACUGAAUUAUUUUCGUGCUGUUUUUGGUUGUAGUUCUUGUUUUAGAAUUCACAUACCUUUUUUCUUGCAUGCAACAUACAUGAGCAGUCUACGAAAUGCAAGAAUGUAGCAGUUAUGUUAUUCUUCUCUGUUGUCAGAAAAUUGAUACCCAGGUGGUUAAAUGAAUCUUCCAAAGGUUACAUUGAAUGUUGUUUAGUUUAGCAAAUUAACGUUUUCCUUAUUAACUUAAGAUAUGUAAACAAAUACUGGAAAAGCAAAAGUUCUAUUUGAGUGAAAAUGUCACUGUUUAAAUAUAUGUGUACCCGUGUGUUGUCUAAGGAGGAAUAGCCUGCAGCGUGCACAUUGAUAGGGAGUAUUUUGAGAUUUUAUUUUUCUUUCUCCUGAACUUUUAAAUGUUGAUCUUUUCUUUCUUCUAAAUAUUCACUCUCCUUUGUUUACAGAUUAACUAAAGAAUGAUGUAAAUAAUGGAUAAAUUUCAGUAACUCGAAACUCUUAAUUUUGUUUGGAAAGCAUUAGCUUUCUCUCACUAUAGAAUUCAAACUGUAUAUAAAAUACUGGAAGUGCCUCUUUACCCAAGUUGUGUUUGUUUGUUUUUAAUGAGAUGCUGUGAUUGAUGUUAGGCUUAGACAUUGCUUUGUUGGUUUUGUUUUCUCCCGCAAAAGAAUAACUUGUAGUUAAUUUGAGAGCAUCACCCAGGGGUAGUAAUUUUGUCUGUCUGUCUCUCUGUCGCUG